AUGUCAUCGACCUCAUCCCCCGCCGACACCUCGACUUCACCAUCGUCAUCCUCAUCAACCACCAAGUCACCACCACCGCACACCUCAAAACGCCGACCGUCAGUCCCCGACUUUUUCGAAAAAUUCCAAAAGGCCAUCCACAUAGGUCAAAAGACGAAAGAAUCCCGCUUUGCGGCGCGGCGGGACGACUGGCGCCGAUGGGCCAAUCCGGGUGGCGGAGCCGGGAGUCCGCCGGUCGGUAGGAGGGCAGAUGCGAAUCAGUUCGACGUGCCGGGGGGGCCGUGGGAGGAUGGGACGGAAGAGGAGGAGGACGGGACGUAG